CUCCCUGUCAAUAAUCUAGGCUCCCAGACUUCUCCGUUUCUCCGGAUUUCGAUCCCCCUUUUUCUAUCUGUCAAUCAGCGCCGCCUUUGAACUGAAAAGCUCUCAGUCUAACUUCAACUCACUCAAAUCCGAGCGGCACGAGCUCCUUCUAUAUCUACGGCUCCCCCCCCCUCCCUUUUGCUCUUUAUAUCUGACUUCUUGUUGUUGUUGGUGUGUUUUUUUACCCCCUUUUUUAUUUAUUAUUUUUUUUGCACAUUGAUCGGAUCCUUGGGAGAGAGAGAAAAAAGGAACCCAAACUCACGCGUGCAGAAGGAGAAGAGAUUUCCCCCCCCUCCCCUCCCCUCCUCCCUCUUUUCCCCUCCCCAGGAGAAAAAGACCCCAAAUCAAAAACUUCACCUUGGACUCUUCUUUUUCUUGCAAUUUUUUUUUGGCAAAACUUUUUUUGGUGAUUUUUUCCCCCGUUUUCCCCCCUUUAUUUUUCUUCCAAAAUUGCUGCUGGUGGGUGAAAAAAAUGCCGCAGCUGAACGGCGGUGGAGGAGAUGACCUAGGCGCCAACGAUGAGCUGAUCUCCUUCAAAGACGAAGGGGAGCAGGAGGAAAAAAUCUCGGAGAACUCCUCGGCCGAGAGGGAUUUAGCUGAUGUCAAAUCGUCCCUAGUCAAUGAAUCAGAAACGAAUCAAAACAGCUCCUCAGAUUCCGAGGCGGAAAGACGGCCCCCGCCUCGAUCCGAAAGUUUCAGAGAUAAAUCCAGAGAAAGUUUAGAAGAAGCCGCGAAGAGGCAAGAUGGAGGGUUGUUUAAGGGGCCACCGUACCCUGGUUAUCCCUUCAUUAUGAUACCCGAUUUGACUAGCCCGUACCUCCCCAACGGAUCCCUCUCUCCGACGGCAAGAACAUAUCUCCAGAUGAAAUGGCCACUGCUUGAUGUUCAAGCAGGGAGCUUACAGAGUAGACAAGCCCUCAAGGAUGCGAGGUCUCCGUCUCCAGCACACAUUGUUUCUAACAAAGUUCCUGUUGUGCAGCACCCUCACCAUGUACACCCUCUUACGCCGCUUAUCACAUACAGCAAUGAGCACUUCACCCCAGGAAACCCACCUCCACACUUACCAGCCGACGUAGAUCCCAAAACAGGAAUUCCACGACCUCCACAUCCUCCAGAUAUAUCUCCUUAUUAUCCGCUAUCGCCUGGCACCGUAGGACAAAUCCCCCAUCCGCUAGGAUGGUUAGUACCACAGCAAGGUCAACCAGUUUACCCAAUCACAACGGGAGGAUUCAGGCAUCCUUAUCCAACAGCUCUGACUGUCAAUGCUUCCAUGUCAAGGUUUCCUCCUCAUAUGGUCCCACCACAUCAUACUUUACACACAACUGGAAUUCCUCAUCCAGCCAUAGUCACACCAACAGUCAAACAGGAAUCUUCCCAGAGUGAUGUUGCCUCACUCCAUAGCUCGAAACAUCAGGACUCCAAAAAAGAAGAAGAAAAGAAAAAACCCCACAUAAAGAAACCUCUUAAUGCAUUCAUGUUGUAUAUGAAGGAAAUGAGAGCAAAAGUUGUAGCAGAAUGUACAUUGAAAGAAAGCGCAGCCAUCAACCAGAUCCUUGGUCGAAGGUGGCACGCGUUAUCCAGAGAAGAGCAAGCUAAAUACUAUGAGCUCGCAAGAAAGGAACGACAGCUUCACAUGCAACUUUAUCCAGGCUGGUCUGCACGGGAUAACUAUGGGAAGAAGAAGAAGAGGAAAAGGGACAAGCAGCCAGGAGAGACUAAUGGAGAAAAAAAAAGUGCGUUCGCUACAUACAAGGUGAAGGCAGCUGCCUCAGUCCACCCUCUUCAGAUGGAAGCUUAUUAGACUCCCCUCCUUCUUCUCCUAACAUGCUAGGCUCCCCUACCAGAGACUCCAAACCACAGACUGAACAAACCCAACCUCUCUCGCUUACAUUGAAACCCGACUCCCUGGCCCACCUCACGAUGAUGCCGCCGCCGCCGCCCUCUCUCCUCUUGGCUGAGAGCGCCCACAGCAAGCCCAGCGCUUUGGCUGUCUCCGCUGCCCACUGUCAGAAUGGGGCCCUGGAUCUGCCGCCUUCCACUUUACAGCCAUCAGCUGCCCCCUCAUCUUCUCUAGCACAGCCGUCAACAUCUUCCUUACAUUCCCACAAUUCUUUGGCUGGGACCCAGCCCCAGCCACUCUCCCUUGUAACCAAGUCUUUAGAAUAGCUUUAGCUUUGCUAGCCCUGGUUUUUGUUUGUUUUCCUUUUUGUUUUUGUUUCUUCUUUCUUUUUUGAUGAUUUUUUUUGUCUUUUUUUUUUAAUCUUGUGCCACAUGGCUACAUUAGUUGAUGUUUAUCGAGUUCAUUGGUCAAUAUUUGACCCAUUCUUAUUUCAAUUUCUCCUUUUAAAUAUGUAGAUGAGAGAGAAACCUCAUGAUUCUACCAAAAUUUUUAUCAACAGCUGUUUAAAGUCUUUGUAGCGUUUAAAAAAUAUAUAUAUAUACAUAACUGUUAUGUAGUUCUGAUAGCUUAGUUUUAAAGACUGAUUUAAAAAGACAAAAAGAAGCAAUUUUGAAGCAGCCCUUUGCAGAAGGCGUUGGUUCUUUAUUAUUUGUAUUAAAUACGAGCUUGCGAACCAAUCAUUUUACAUCUCGUUUUUAAACCAUAAGGGCACAAUGAAUGCAGUGCCAUGACUUUUUUUUUUCUGUGUGAAACAACUUUUCUUGUGAUGUUGUUAUUGUUUAAAUGUACAGAAACAAAGGGUUAAAAUGUGUUAAUAUACCUUGUUCCAUGGUGUUGUUCUUUUGGGGUGGGGGGGUGGGGAGGGAGGGGACGUUACUCACCAAUUACCGGUAUCACAACGCUAUUGGACCAGUAGUAUUUAUUGCUUUAGAGACUGCUUGUUGUACCUGUAUGUUGUCCCUUUUAAAAUAUGUUUUCCUUUUUCUUGAACCAUUGUAUAAAGUUUUUUUCCCCCUUAGUGUAAGCAUCUUAUAUAUAACAACUCAUUUGUACAAGGUUUUUAAGUUUAUAUAUAUAAAAUGUGUAUAUAUAUAUUUUUUGGUUUUUGACUUUUGUUUUGUUUUCUCUUUGCUGUAUGAAACACAGUUGCCACCAAAUGGACAUUUAUAGAUGCAUUAAAGGAUCAAUAGUGUAAAGAAAUUGCUUUGAAAGCCAUUACAUUAAAUAAGACUUGAAAAUUAGCGAGGGAAUUUUAGCGGCGCUGUUUGAGAAACAGCGGGAGCGUUGGCGUCUCCCCUCUGGACCUACAGUUGAAUGGCCUGCAACAUUAGGACUGUGGACUGUGUACAAAUUUUUACGUGCCAAAAUUCUCAGUGACUUUUAACUUUCUCCCUGUUUUUAAUGCUGUAAUUUUUGUUCAUCAUGUUUUGCUGUGAUGUUACAUAGGUAGGUAUGUGUGUAGUUUUAAUGUCACCUAUAACAAGAUGUGUUUGGUAGCAGAUUGUCCAGAAAGCAUUUAAAAUGAAGAGGUAUAAACCCUUAAGGGCCAAAAUUCUGUAUAUUAGAUUACACAUAAAGGGAAAAAAAAACAGGCUGCCGCUUCUAUGUAAACUGACUACAUGAAGGUAGGUAGCAAACUUUAAAAAAGAAAAACAAAAAAAAAAACAAAAAAAAAAACCUAGGCAUGUUGAUGUUGCAAAAUGCUGUAUAAAGCUGAGAACUGUUCAUUCAGUGCCAUUGUAGUUGACAUGAAGCGAUUGUAAAACUGUCUCCAAUUUUUCUCUGGUUUAUUAAGAUGCUAACUAUAACAUUUUUUGUGAAUACUUUGAAUGUUUCCUAACAGUUGUGAUGUUACUGUUCUGUUUUAUGCUCUUAUUCUGAUUUCAUUUUUAAUGGUUUUGACGCCAUUUUUGUAAUGAAUACAUGUUCAUGCUGUACAGUAUCUGUAGCAUGCAGUUCUGGAUUAAUAAAAGCAACUUAGUAUGUGCAGAUAA